CAGCACCAUGGCAUCUCCACUCUUGGGUUUCUGUCUCACAAUGCUGUUUUCUGGGGAUCUUGCGCAUAUGACUGAUGUAAAGCGGCCCACAUGUGUUCAUCAGGACAGUAGUUUUUUGUCAUGCAAAACGAGUGACAGCUUGACUUUGAACUGUUUCUACAAAGGUGAUGUCGCUGCGAGGCUUUACUGGUACAAACAACAACUUGGGCAAAAACCAAAGCUCAUCUCGACCUUCUAUACAUAUGAAAACAGCACUUUUUAUGGUGAAUUCAGGAACAAUCCACGCUUCACACUGGAUACGAAAAAUGGCAAAAACCACUUGAUGAUCGCAGAUUUACAGAUUUCUGACUCAGCAACUUACUACUGUAUGAGCUCCUAUUUAAACAUUUUAAUAUUUUUAGAAAGCAUUACUGUCAUUGUUGAAGAUGCGGAUUCAAAUGUCCAAGCUUUGCUCCUUCAAUCAUCUUCUGAGACCCUCCAGCCAGGAGGCUCUGUGACUCUGAACUGUACAGUCCACACCCUGACAUGUGGUGGAAAACAGAGCAUUUACUGGUUCAAACGCUCAGAAAAAUCCCAUCCAGGACUCAUUUACACCCAUGCAGGCAUAAAUGAUCAGUGUGAGAGGAAAGCUGACACACAAACAAACACCUGUGUCUACAACCUGCCGAUGAAUAACCUGAAUGUUUCUCAUGCUGGGACCUACUACUGUGCUGUUGCUUCAUGUGGACACAUACUGUUUGGAAAUGGGACCAAGCUGGACUUUGAACACGAUGCUGGUGCUUAUUUCUCGCCAUUCUGGAGCAGUGCCUUUGCGUUCACCUCCAUCCUGUGUGUAUUGCUGGCUUUCACACUGUGUAUGAUGGGCCAGAAAUGCUGCCGUAAAUCUUCAGAGUCUGAAGCCAGUCCCUUCAAAGCAGAUGCAAAGGGUUUCCAAGUGGCAGAAAAGAUCUUUGUUGCUGCCUUAAGUGUCAACCUGAGCAACAGAUCAAGAAGUCAGAGGGAUCACACCUGGAGUGAAUGUGUGUACUACAGUGUAAAGCAGUAGAACAACACACAGCGGUAGAAUUGGACGUGUCUCAUUUGUUGACAAGAUGUUCUUCUCUUGAGAUCUUUUUAUGAACUGUAUAAUAACGCAUGCACAUGUUCAUGAUGCCAUGGUUAUU